UCAUUCAUUCGUGGUUCUUUCUUUUGUUUUUGCUCAUCUGAGUUAGGAUUUCUGAUACAAUUUUUGUCAGUUGCCUUCUCUCCAAGUUAAUUUGUACUUCCGCUCUGAUUUCCCAUCUGGGUUUUCACUCUUUUGAUCUUCUCUUUAAUCUUCCAACCAUUUGUGAUUUCAUCUCUUUUUUCCUUGGGGUUUUUCUUAUCUUGCAUAUUACUCUGUUUUCAUUGAAUUACUGCGUUUCGUUUCUCUAGUAUGGUUCUUGUUAAAUUUUUUUUUUUAAGUAAACAUUUUUCUCCAUGAUUUUCUUGGUUUUGUGUUCUACUGUUUUAGCAUUUCCAUGAAAAAUCGUUGUAUUCAGGUGACGGAUUCUAUACAAUGAAGUGCUUCUACUACUUCAAGGACAAAGCUAGGAGCAGGGAACAACGAUCAGCACCAGAACUGAAAGAACAGAGAAACUCGGAGUACUCAGGUCCCGGCGAUAGGGUCAUUAAGUCUUCCUGCUCCGCGAAUUCACCCCGUGGUAUACCAGAAAUGUUUGAAGAGAAGGCUCAUAACUUGCGGGUGUUCACUUUCGUGGAGCUCAGGCAGGCAACAAAUGACUUCAGUAGGCUGCUUAAGAUCGGAGAAGGCGGAUUUGGGAAUGUAUACAAAGGUUCAAUUAAGCCUGCUGAUGCCAAGGACCACGAUCCAAUCUUUGUCGCCAUUAAAAAGCUUAACAAUGAUGGCUUACAGGGUCACAAGCAAUGGGUGGCAGAAGUUCAAUUUCUGAGUGUUGUGGAGCACCCGAAUCUUGUCAAACUAAUCGGAUACUGUGCUGUUGAUGGAGAAAGAGGGAUUCAACGACUGCUCGUCUAUGAAUUCAUGGCGAACAGAAGUUUAGAUGAUCAUCUAUUCAACAAGGCGUACCCAACUGUACCUUGGGAGACAAGGUUACAGAUAAUACUUGGAGCUGCUCAAGGAUUGGUGUAUCUGCACGAAGGAUUGGAAGUUCAGGUAAUCUAUCGAGAUUUCAAAUGCGCGAAUGUGUUGCUGGAUGAGAAUUUUAAACCGAAGCUUUCAGACUUCGGGCUUGCUAGGGAGGGGCCAAUGGUUGGCCAUACUCAUGUUUCAACUGCAGUAAUGGGAACUAACGGGUACGCUGCUCCAGAUUACGUCGAGACAGGCCAUCUCACAACUAAAAGCGAUGUAUGGAGUUUCGGUGUGGUGCUGUACGAGAUUCUUACAGGCAGACGGUCAUUGGAAAGAAGCCGACCAAGAACAGAACAGAACCUUUUGGAAUGGGUGAAACAGUUCCCUCCCGACGGUAAAAAGUUUGGCUUGAUAAUGGAUAGCCGGCUGGAAAACAAGUAUUCGAUCACUGCAGCAAGAAAGAUUGCUAAGUUGGCCGAGAGUUGUCUGUCAAAGAGGGCAAAAGAUCGACCAACAAUGAGUCAGGUAGUAGACAAAUUAAAGGGGAUUAUUCAAGACUCCGAAGAGGGAAUCCCAUCGGAGAGAAGUCCUGAAUCCGUUGAGAAUGACCAAGACGACUCAGUAACAAAGCCGGGAGAAUUCGAGGCCUCGGAGUCAUGGAAGAGACGAAUGGCUCACCUGGCCAAACUAGGCGAGCAUGUGGAGAGCGCUAGUAGAAGAAGAUUCAUGAUUAUGCAGAGGGCAAAGGUGAUUUGAUCGCUAAUUCAUCCUGUAUAGUUGUAACUUGUUUUCGGGUCGUUUUGGAGAUCAAUAGAACUUUUUAUCGAGUAGGAUUUGGAUGGUUAUUUUUGUAAAGUUGUUAAAGCCAUCAGAGAAUUCUAAGAUUGGUUAUGUGAGAAUCAGCCUUUUACAUCAUAUAGGUGAUUUAAUGAGAAUAAGAUAAGGCCGUUUCUUUUC